AUGCUCUCCACUGCCGUCUCGUCGCUCUCGCUCAAUGCGCCGGUCGUGCGCCCGGCCGUGUCCAACGCACGCAUGGCGGCCAUCACGCCGGGCGACGUCGGCACCACCAAGCCGCUGGGCGUGUACGACCCGCUCGGCCUGAUGACGCGUAUGCCCGACAAGUACCGCCGCUGGCAGGAGAUGGAGAUCAAGCACGGCCGCUUCGCGAUGGCGGCCACCCUGCACGUCAUCCUCACCGAGGCUGGCAUCCGCUGGCCCGGCUACCUCUCCUUUGCUGAGGACAUCAAGUUCUCGGACAUGCCUGGCGGCACGCUCGCGUCGUGGGCGGCGCUGCCAAACCUGGCGUGGAUUCAGAUCGUCCUCAUCGUGGCGCUGCUCGACAACAGCGUGCUGGCGCAGGACCCGGCCAAGGCGCCGGGUGACGUCAUCCCCUUCUUCUGGGUGCGCUACCCCGACGUCGAGGGCUUCUCUGGCAAGGAGUUCAAGCUGAACGCC